UGCUUGCUGGUGAUUUCCAGCCGAGGCCUGAUUCUGCGAGACGCAGCUUACCUGGCUUGUCGCCGAGGUUGAGGUGGAUGUCGUCGAACUGAGUGACCUUGGACAUGCCUGCUUGCCUCUGCUUGUCUAGGCCCUUGUCGGUGUCUAGAUGUUGCGCUGGUUGAGUCUUGGACAAAUUCGCGUUUCUCUUUCCUCGACUCCCAAAGACGCGACCAGACAAGAGACCAGACUAGGUCAGCUACAAAGAGAAGCCAGCAAUGGGCAGACUCGUCCAGAUAGAGCUCUGUGACUUCAAGUCAUACAAGGGACAUCAGACUAUCGGACCCUUUCGCAGCUUCUCCAGUAUCUGCGGUCCAAAUGGUGCCGGCAAGUCGAAUCUUAUGGAUGCCAUCUCCUUUGUGCUGGGCAUCAAGUCGAGCCACUUGCGCUCCAGCCAUUUGAAGGAUCUUGUGUACCGUGGCAAUGCAGCAGAGGAAGAUGACCCAACCACCGCGUGGGUCAUGGCAGUCUACGAGGACGACGAGGGCAAAGAGACGUGCUUCAAACGCAUCAUUAAUGCAAAUGGCAGUAGUGACUACAAGAUUGAUACGACAAGCUGUACUGCCAAGCAGUACAACGCUGUCCUUGAAUCACACAAUGUCCUCAUCAAGGCGCGUAACUUUCUUGUCUUUCAGGGAGAUGUCGAGGCCAUUGCGUCUCAAUCCCCAAAGGACAUGACCAAACUCGUGGAGCAAAUCAGCGGCAGUCUGGACUACAAGGUGGAGUAUGAGCGUCUCAAGCUCGAGCAAGAAAAGGCAACGGAGGCAAACAACUUCAAUUUUCAUCAGAAGCGCAGUAUGACUGCCGAGUUGCGUUCCUUUCAGGAGCAACAAGCAGAGGCAGAAGCGUAUGACAACAAAGUCGCUGAGCGCGAACAGGCCAUCCUCGUGCAGGUGCUUUGGCGCUUAUUUCACAUACAAGUGGAUCUCGAUAGGAAUGACGAGCAACUCGAGACAAACAUGACUGAGCUUGUCAGGAUGGAGACCGAGACUGAGAAACUCGUCAAGAGCCUGCAUGAUGCCGAAAAGAAGCGCGCAAAGGAACUACAGACCGUUGAAAAGAUGCAGCGCCACAUCAAGCGUCGUCAGCAAGCCCAAAUCGAGAAGCAGCCUGCUGUGGAUGCUAUACAAGAACGCAUCAAGUCUACAGAAAAGUCGAUCAAAGCACUAACGGCGCGCCUUGCAAGUGUUUCACCGGUGCAAGAGAAGCAAGUGCGCGCAAUUCAAUCACUCGAGGGCAGUAUUUCUAGUGUCGAGAAGGCACAGCGCAAGUUUGAGCAAGACCAAGCAAAGCUUGAGCGUGAAGCUGGUAAUCUCACAGCUGCACAAGUGGACGAAUACCGCAGACUCAAGCUCGAGGCCAACAAACAGAGUGCGCGUGAACGUACAGAAUUUACAAAAGUGGAUCGCGAGCUGCGAGGUGUCUCUGAGAAUCUCAUGGAGGCGCGAGAACAGACGUCUGAUCAUGAACGCAAAAAGGCUGCAUUGGAAGAUGAUGCAGAAAGCAUGCAGCGACGCAAGGACGACCUAGAAGAUCAGUUAUCGGCUAUGAAGGAGGAUUUGGAUGCCUUGUAUGCAAAAUUGCGAAAGAUACAGUCAACGCGCGCUGCAGGCGAGGCAAAAGAAAAGGACUUGAACGACAAGCUUCAUGAUACACUUGAGAAGCUCUCUCAGCACAAUGAUCAAGAACGCGAAACCACAAAGGAAGUCCAAUUCAAGGAGAAUGUCGCUGCCAUGCGCAAAAUCUUCCCAGGCGUCAAGGGUCGUCUAACUGAUUUAUGUCGUCCCACGCAGCGCAAGUAUGAUAUUGCCAUUGCCACCAUUUUUGGACGCAACAAUGAUGCUAUUGUUGUGGAUACGGAACGUACAGGCAAAGAAUGUAUUGAGUACAUGCGAGAGCAGCGUGCAGGUGUGGCCACAUUUUUGCCACUCGACACAUUGACUGUUCGAGCCAUCAAUGCUGAAUUGAGGUCCGUCUCGCCACAGGCUAAAUUGGCAAUGGAUGUCAUCCAGUAUGAAGCGUCUCUCGAGCGUGCGAUGCAGUAUGCCUGUGGUUCUGCAAUUGUCUGCGAGACACUUGAUGUAGCGCGUCGAUUAUGUUACGAAGAGCGUCUUGAGGUCAAGGCCGUCACGCUUGAUGGGACCGUCAUUCACAAGUCUGGUAAUUUGACUGGUGGACAGCAUGAGAACAGAGGUGCUGCAUCGCGUUGGACAGACUCACAGGUGGAAGGCUUGCGACGACUUCGCGACUCGCUCAUGUCACAAAUACAAACGCUGUAUGCUGCUCGACAGCAAGAUACGGGUGAAGAUGCGAUGCAGUCAGAGCUGAGACAGAUUGAAGCGCGGAGGUCGUUGUUGCAAGCAGAUGCAGAGGCGAUUGGGCGUGACCUUGAGGCAAGGCAAUAUGAGGCGAGGCACGAGGAAGCAGAAAUUGAGAAGCUCGCGCCGACCAUCAAGCAACUGGAGAAGGAACACGCUGCGUUGCAAAAGAAGGCAGACGCUCUGCAAAAGACGCUACAUACAGCGGAAGAUGCCAUCUUUGCCGGAUUCUGCAAAUCGGCUGGACUGCGCAAUAUCCGACAGUAUGAAGCAACACAGGGUGCAUUGAUGCAAGAGGCUAGCAAGAAGAAAGCAGAGUUCACUUCGCAAUUGGCUCGUUUGCGUAAUCAGCUGGCGUUUGAGCAAGAUCUCUUGAAGGAGACAUUGUUGCGUGUUCGCAAGAUUGAAGCGAGCAUCAAGCGCGACAAGGAUGCUCUAGAUGGGUUCAAGAAGGAGGAGCGUGAUCUCCAAAAUGACAUGUCUGGUCUGGAGAAGGAGGUCUCUGACUUGCAGAGCAAGUACGAUGCUGAGCGUAAAAAGGCGGAUGGCUGCAAUGCUGCUGUCAAUGAAGCCACCAGAACACUCAACAAUGCGCAAAGGGAAUUGGAACAUGCUGCCAAGGCUGUGAGUGCGUGUGAAGCUGCGACUGGACAGUUGCUUGCUCGUCGGCACGUCUUGCUGCGUCGAUGCAAGCUUGAAGAGAUUGACUUGCCCCUGACAAAAGGUCGUCUUGACAAUGUGCCUCUUGCGGAGAACUUGACGGAGGAUGCAGCAGAGCAGCCAGACAUUGCAGACUGGGGCAUUGAGAUUGACUUUGAAGAGCUCGAUGAUGAUCUCAAGCAGGAUGGCAGCGAGUCUGUUGAUUUGUCCUUGACGGAACAGAUUCGCGAGCUUGAAGCAGACCUCGAACGCAUGGUUCCCAAUACAAAAGCGCAUGAACGCGUUGCAGGGGUGGAGGAGCGUUUGCGUUCAACGGAAAAGGAGUUUGAAAAGUCACGCAAGAAGGCGAAACAGCUCAAGGACAACUUCAAUCGCGUCAAGCAAAAGCGAUUGGAUCUUUUCACAAAGGCAUACGAGCACAUCUCUGGUCAGAUCGACAAAAUCUACAAGGAUCUCACAAAAAGCAAGCAUGUGCCUCUGGGCGGUACGGCGUACCUGAGUCUUGAAGACGAUGAAGAGCCCUUCUCACAUGGUGUCAAGUACCACGCCAUGCCGCCCGGUAAACGCUUCAGGGACAUGGAGCAAUUGUCUGGUGGAGAAAAGACCAUUGCUGCGCUCGCACUACUGUUUGCCAUCCACUCCUUCCAACCCUCACCUUUCUUUGUGCUUGAUGAGGUGGAUGCAGCGCUCGAUAAUGCCAAUGUCGCCAAAGUUGCCAACUACAUCCGCGAGCAUGCCGGCCAUGGUUUGCAAUUCGUGGUCAUUUCUCUCAAGAAUGCCCUGUACCAUCAGUCACAAGGUCUCGUGGGCAUUUACCGCGAUCAAGAAGAGAAUUCGUCAAAGUCAUUGACGCUCGACCUGGAGGCGUAUGAUCAAGCGCAAGUAGUCUAGAUGUUUUCUUAGCUCACCUGUAUACAUAUUUUUUCAUCUACAAAACUAACAGAAGAAUGUCAUAAUGGCUUGUUGCUGUGGUGCGGAUUGUAGAGAGAAGCUGAUACGUAGUCAUAGCUGAGUGUGGUCUCGAGAUAAGCUUGCUGGCCAGAGACAACAAUCGCAGCCUUGCAAAGUUGCACUGACGAUGGG